CGUAUGUGCAUUUUGUGCAGUUCGAGGAAAAUUUUUCCGACUGGGCAUAGUGUUCCGUUUUAAAACUUACAAAGUUUGAAUCGUAUAUUCGACAUAAAACGUAUUUUUUUCCCUAAACUACGUGAAGAAUGGUGAAUUACAUUCUACUUCCUGAAUACCUCGACUUCGAUGAGGAUGGACGACCAUGGACAAAUUCCGAGAAAAGAAUGUUACGAUGGGACAAGUUGCAUCAGCUGCAAUGGGUUCGAUUAUCGAGCCGGUCCAUAAUUCCACCGCAUGCUUUCGAGAUUGAACGACGCGGGAAAUACAAAUUAUACCUUGCCCGGGUGGAGCACCAGGGAUCCAUGACGCCAGGAUAUUUUGAUGCAUCGAAAAAGAAGUUUUUAUUCGUGUGGGGCGGAGAACGACACGCUACAGAAUACGGAGAGAUCUUAUGUAUCUCUGGCAAAUUCGUGCCGUGUAGGGAUUCGAACACGUUGCUGCGUGCUACGCCGGCCGGUUUGUCGGAACAGGGUGAACCAUUGCACUUUGGUCGAGUGAAACACAACGGAAAGUUUUACUAUGGAAAGUUCUAAAACAUGAAGACCUCCACUUCGAUGAGGAUGGACGACCAUGGACAAAUUCCGAGAAAAGAAUGUCGCGAUGGGACAAGUUGCAUCAGCU